GGCAACGAUUCAGUUCAUGUUUUGCUCUCUCGUCGAGAGGAUCGUUGUCCGUUUUGUCGUGUUUCGUGGCUCUUUUUGACCGAAGUUACGAGAUUUUUCCUCCCUUGGUGUCUAGUCGGGGUUUCUGGGAAAGCAUUAAAAGAGGAAUAGGCGCGUAAAAAAUCGGAGCCUUAUGUGGAAGGACCUCUGCCAGCAGCCUCGUGAUAGAGAUAGGAAGAAGACAUUUGCUGCCGCCGAGACAUAUGCUUGCCAAAACAAGACCUUGGUACAAUCCGGGUACGACUCGGACAAAGGAAGGCUCAAAUUACAUCGGAUCCUCUGUCCCAUUAUCGAUUCAUGGGACAAAUUAAUUCGGGUAAGAAUUGGUAGUUGGAACCUAAAGAACGAAAGCCAGUGGAAGAAAAUCCUGCCCCGAGUGUUGCCCAAGUGUGAAACAAUGUGUUGAACCCGCGGAUUACUAGGUGUGUGGUUAGAAGUUCAGUGGUCAUUUCCACGACACUCGGUGCAGUCGUUAUGCAAUAUGUAUACUACUGAGCGGGGUACUAGCUAGAAAACACAACAGCCACAGUUCUAUAAUAGUCACUAGAAAGCACCUCCAUUAGAAGUAAAAACGUUUAAGCGCGAAGAAAGUAGAAACGUGAUAAAACUCAAGUGUCAGCAGCAGGUUACCCGAUUGCGAGAAAAGAGAUACGGCAAAAUUAAAGGCUAAACACGCUUCAAUUUUACUACUUCUGCCUAUGUGGAGUAGUGUGGAAAAUCCUCCCCCUAAGCCGCUUCUGGAAAGUAAUCGAUCAACCCGAGUGGCGGUGCCAGUUGUGCAAUUUUUUACUACUUACUUACCUACCUACUUACUAAUUGUUUAGUGUUGUGAUUUACGCUAAGCCUAGUUUGACGACGCGAACGCAAAGAGUUGCAAACAUCAAUUAGCCGGCUGUUGUAAUGGGAUUCUUAAACCGUCGGCGGAAUCACACAUGUUUGUAUGUUUGUUUUGAUAGCUGACUGUGGAUUUCAAAAACCCGGAACGAAAACAACGCCGCACUUCUUCGCAACGGAAACUUGGAAUUGGUUGGCGAAUUAGAUUGCGGAUGUUGUUUAUCUACUACAUACAACUCAAUCGUCGUUUAGUACGAUAAAUCGUCGUGAUAGUCAAGCAAACGGUGGUUUCGGGACGCAAUGUGUAUUCGCGAAAUAAGAAUAUGAUAAAGAACUGAGAACAAAUAGAGUUGUAUUUGGAAAAGCAGUAAAAUAUUUUAAAAUAGAGAAAUAGUGUUUCCAAAGUGCUUCGGAAAACCCCGCCGGAAGAUUGCAUGAACCAAAAGGAACACGCCAUCUUUUCUACAAAUGUCCGCGAGCGUGUGAAACGGGGAUCCUUUAGAAAUCGCCAUUUUUAGUACCCCAGUUGAAGAAAAUAAAAGAGAAAUCCCCAAGGGAAGCGCGGAAUUUGUGAUUUGGUGCAAACAACAAGCGUGUCGCGCGUCGUGUAACGAAUCUUAUACGCGCGUCCCGUGUGAAAGGUGAGAUCGUUUCCCUUUUUCGGCUCACUUUUUUUAUUCUUUCUGCAUUUUUUUUUGCGCGUGCAGAGAUUUAAAUUAAUGACGCAAUAAAAAACUAAUAAUUACAAUUACACAUACGGGUAAUUAAUUUGACCGACGACGCACAGUUUGCACGCCAGAGAGAGUUUUCCGACAGUUUAUUUUUUUAAAUUUUUAUUCAAAGCGGUGGGAUACCGAAAUUUGUGUUUCAUAGAACUUUCAAGAAAAACGAGUAGACUAAUUAAAAAGUUGUCGGAACUUGGAACAACCAACACUUGGUGAUUAACGAGCUCGAGUGCAUGAUGUUGAUAUGCUGUUGUAGUGAGUGACCAAAGUUUGAAACCAAUUCGGAAGCCUCAGCCGGAUACGACCAAUUGUAGUGAAAUUAAUCGCACAAUUUCUGUACAAUUACACUCCUAGCCUAGUUUUGUUUUUAUUUUCUCGACCGCGUUAAUCUAUCAGUUAAUACGCAGAAAAAAGGCCACAUGUCCGCAUCGCUAUUAUAGCGGUAAUUAUCAUACUUUUUGCGCUUUAAAACGUGAACACAAGUGAAUCGCACAAAUGAACGUUAAUGGGAAGUGUAAAAAUUUCCGUAUGGCCCUUUUCACUGAAUGAUGGAUUGAUAUGAAUGAAUUCCGUCGCUGAUGGUCAGAGAAAACUUGCGAACGUCAUUGGAUUCGGGGGACAUCACAUCGCCAAAGAUGAUCAACACCACUAAACAUGAGACGCAGCCCUAGGUUCCAACGUUUGUGCAUAUGAUCGCGUCGUUCUGGUCGUCGCAAAUCAGCCGUCAUUUAUCAUCAGCGAAAUUCGCGCAGACCGAGACGGGCCAUCGCGUCGAAUUCGAUUGAAAUCUCGCGCAGAGUGAAUAAUUACGGCCCAUCAAAUCGAGGAAUAUUCCCAUCACUUGUCCACGGAGGAGUUGAUACAAAAUUGAAGAAAACAAAGACGACUUCGAAAGAAGAAAAAACCGUAAAAGUUAUAAAUAUAUUAGCAAAAGGUGACAACAAACUUGUUAGUGAGUGAUCUUGGAUUCCCGAAAAAUUGAGUGAGCGAGUGAGUGAUAAUUUUUUUCUCGUUUGAUUGUUUCUUGUUACCAUUUGAUGAGCCCCUGAGCAGCCCCGAAGCAGAUUGAGCUCUGCGCAGCGCCGUAUGAAAUGGUGACAUUAAUGCCUUGUAGUUACAUAUCGGCACCCCGGCUCUCCAUCAUUGAUAAAAUGAUAGAGAUAGAACCCAAGGGAAAAAGAUCACGCACAGAAGGCCCGGAUUCAGCUGAUAGAAAUCGCAACUACAGCUCGACCUCAGUAUCUAGUCUCAGUUCGUCGGGAACGUCGGCAGACAGCUGCUUACCGCACGGCGCCGGAUCAACGCUUCACUACCCAACGGCUGCACAUUCCUCGACAGGAUCUUACCCACUGUUGAACAGUAACUACAGACCCCUCGGAGGAGGAGGCGCAUCUAGCACAGCAACCAAUCCGAUUCACAACGGCAUAUCAUACGGGUCAGCGACCUCCAACCAUAGCUCAACGUCAACGCGGCUCAACGGAGGAGCAAGUUCAACGAUCACUUCUUCAAGUUUAAGCGCUCAAACAGCUGUCGGAAACUCCCUGGAUGGCCUAUCAACUGCAUCCAGUGGCCUGAAUAGUCUUAGCAGCGCAAGUGGCAACUCCACUUCAGCCACCCUGGGUCCCGCAGAGCUUGGGAUGUCGCAUUGGCUGACCGACGGGACAGUCAAGUCGGAAAUCCGCAGUCCGGGUUUGGACGUCGGACUCUCAGCAGGCAAUCUUCCAGUCGGUGCCACCCACCUCGAUAGUUCACUGUUCUGUGCCAACCCAGGAAACCUGGACGCUCUCCAAGGCACCACCGGCUCGUACGAAAAGUCUGAGUACUACCCCUACACCUACAACAUGCAGCAAUACGCACCGUUUACCUACUCCUCGUACGGAUCACCCUACCAGGCCCGAUCCUCAACGAAAAUCCCCUCGCCAAAUACAUAUCUUCCGUCCAGUUACGCAGCGGCCGCCGCCAACAACAACUCCGCACAAAUCUACUCAUCCUACGGUUACAACAACUUUGCACAGUUCGGUACCAGUCAACAGGACUACUACAACUACAAUGACCCAACCUACUCGCCCUACUACCAAACUGCCACCUACCCGCCCUAUGUUAGCUCCCCCGGAUCCAGCGGCAGUCAAAGCUUCCACGUUGCAGCCGGCCUAUCUGCCGAAAGUCCCUCGGAAGCACACUCCUCAGCAACCCCCACUAUGCUGCAACACUCCCACUCUCCGCAAUCACCACUCUCAAUAUCCCCCACAAUCCCUCAAAAUUCGGCAGCAGCCGUGGCGACAGCCGCAGCCAACUCCAAAACUACCCCCACCAGUGGAAAGCCGGGAAGGGCGCGAGGUCGCCGGCAUGCCCAUCCUAGUCCGACGCGGAGUUCCACUUCCGAACCCGGUGGUAUAACAGAGAAGACGCCGGAGCGCAUCUUCAUCUGGGAUCUCGAUGAAACCAUCAUCAUUUUCCACUCGCUGCUGACCGGGACCUACGCGGCCAAGUACAAUAAGAGUCGGGACCACCACAUGCAACUGGGCUACCGAAUGGAGGAGCUGAUCUUCAACAUGGCCGAUUCGUACUUCUUUUUCAACGAUCUGGAGGAGUGCGACCAGGUGCACAUCGACGACGUAUCCUCGGACGACAACGGCCAGGACCUGAGCAAUUACAACUUCGGAGCCGACGGAUUCCACACCGGAACGGCACAAGGAGCUCCACCAAAUAUUUGUCUUCCUAAUGGCGUUCGCGGGGGCGUCGACUGGAUGCGAAAGCUGGCGUUUCGCUAUCGGAAAAUUAAGGACACCUACAACACCUACCGAAAUAACGUGGGCGGUUUGCUCGGACCUCAGAAGCGGGAACACUGGCUCCAGGUUCGGUCGGAUGUGGACUUUGAGACGGACAGCUGGCACAGUUUGACGUUGAAAUGUUUGAACAUGAUCGCCCAGAGGGAGAACUGCAUCAACGUGCUGGUGACGACGACGCAGCUUGUUCCAGCGCUGGCCAAAGUGCUGCUCUACGGGUUAGGUCAGAUUUUCCCCAUUGAGAACAUCUACAGUGCCAACAAAAUAGGUAAAGAGUCCUGCUUCGAGCGCAUCGUAACGAGGUACGGCCGGAAGAGCACCUACGUGGUGGUGGGCGACGGCCAGGACGAGGAAAGCGCUGCCAAAAAUCUCAACUUCCCCUUCUGGCGGAUAUCGAGCCACAGUGAUAUUCGGUCCCUGCACACGGCCCUGGAAAUGAACUUCUUAUGAACACGGAAGUUGGUUAUUGCCUCCAGCACUGUUAUUCUGUACGUUCAACAGUUAAUUUUGUUCAACGAAGUUCUGCUGACUGUGUUAAAUUAAAAGUGUCGUUAGUAGAAUAACCUAAUCGAUCUGUAAUUUUAUGAAAUUGUGCGAAGAUUUUUUGCAAAAGACUAAUCGGUUGAUUUAAACAAAAACAAAUUAUUUUCAUUAUAAAAAUGAGUUGUGAACAGCAAAACCCGACCAUUGUAUUUUAUCUGCCAUUUCUCUCCAGUUUGCCAAAUUUGUUAAGAAAAAUACACCUUCCCCUGUAAAACCAAAUCAAAUCGAAAACUAUAAUGAAACUGCUCAAUGGGGUCGUUUGUUCCAAAAAAUUCAUUUAAAGAUCCUGCAAAUUUUCCUAAAUCCCAGUGUAUAUCUUUGAAUGUACUAAAAUCUCAUGUGCAAAAAACUGAACCUUACACUAGAAUGCCAAUUUUUGUCUGAUAUAAAUAAUAGUUAUUGCAUAUAGAUCAAAUGUACAUAUUUCCUAAAUAUAGUAACUUUCAAUGGGCUGUACGCACUGAUAACUGUAAACUUCAAAACAAAAAUAUCAAAUUAUCAAAUAGUCACUGAUGGCACCUUAUAGUAAAAAAAAAAUGAAAUGAAACACAAAAUGUAAUCAGCAGAAAUGCUUUCCUUUAUGAUAAUCGAAAUCAUCUACAUAGAUAUCAACGGUAGCAAAUUAAGCCACACCUUAUGCAGCAAUCUGUACAUAAAUCUGCUUUAGAGGGAGUGAAAUCAAAUUGUGGAAAAAUACUUUCAUGAAAACAUUUUAAUUGCGAAUAGAAAAAAACUGAACCUAUCUACCAGCUUAUUGCAAAAAAAAAAAACUAGAACGAAUAUAGAUACAUAGUUAUUAUUCUUUAUGUAAAGCGACGUGUAAAGUUAAGAUGGUGAACAAUUAAACUCUAUUUAUAAGCCCACCAACAACCACGGAACGUUAAAUUAAUGCAAGCCAAAAUAUAA